AUGGCCGGAGGGGCUUUUGCUCCAACAUCUGGUAAAGGAAAGGAAUACCCUGGAAAGUUUACUGGCAGGGUGUUAUUAACAUGUAUUUUUGCAGCUACAGGAGAUCUGAUUUUUGGUUAUGAUCUUGGUAUUUCAGGUGGUGUAACAUCUAUGGAUGUUUUCUUGAAGAAAUUCUUUCCUGACGUUUACAAGAGGGAGUCCUCUGUCAAACCGUCAGAUGAUCAAUACUGCAAGUUUGAUAGCCAGAUAUUGACGUUGUUUACUUCGUCACUAUAUCUAUCUGCCCUUGUUUCGUCCAUAUUUGCAUCCAUGGCAACUCGCAAGUAUGGACGGAGACCUACGAUGAUGACUAGUGGCUUACUUUUCGCUGCUGGUGCUAUCGUUAAUGGCUUAGCCAUGAAUGUUCCCAUGCUUAUUAUUGGUCGGCUGUUACUUGGUUUCGGCAUUGGAUGCGCCAAUCAGUCAGUGCCAAUUUAUCUCUCUGAAGUGGCUCCCUAUAAAUAUCGAGGUGCUCUCAAUAUGACGUUCCAAUUGUUUAUCACAAUUGGUAUUCUCAUCGCCAAUUUUUUGAAUUUUGCCUUUGCUAAGUGGAUUGAAGGAGAAAUGGCAUGGCGCUUGAACUUGGGUGGCGUUAUAGUUCCUGGUCUGAUAAUUUUUAUUGGAUCAUGCCUUCUUCCUGAUACUCCGAAUUCCGAGAUAGAACGGGGCAAUUAUGAUAGAGCUAAAGAACAACUUCUUAAGCUCCGCAAAGUUGAUAAUGUUGAUGAGGAGUUCAAUGAUCUUGUCGAGGCUAGUGAGAAAGCAAAACUGGUCCAACAUGCUUGGUUAAACAUAUUUGAAAGGAAGUAUAGGCCUCAGCUUUUCUUUGCGUUCUGCAUUCCCAUGUUUCAACAACUCACUGGCAUGAACGUGAUCGUGUUUUAUGCACCUAUUCUGUUCAAAACCAUUGGUUUUGGGAGCAAUGCUUCUCUUUUUUCUUCUCUCAUUACUGGUAUUGUUAACAUGCUUGCAACUUUUGUUUCAAUUUCAACGGUGGAUAAGUUUGGAAGGAAAAAGCUUUUCCUCUACGGUGGUCUCCAAAUGCUCGUUUCCCAGAUUGUCAUAACAAUUGCCAUUGCUAUGAAGUUCGGAUUGAGUGGAAACCCAGGUGUGAUUUCUAAUGGAUAUGCUUAUACCGUGGUAGUCUUCAUAUGUGUUUAUGUUGCCGCCUUUGCUUGGUCAUGGGGACCUCUAGGUUGGUUAGUGCCUAGUGAGAUCUUCCCAUUGGAAGUCCGUUCAACUGCCCAAAGUAUCACUGUUUCUGUAAACAUGAUCAUCACCUUCGUAAUCGCACAAAUCUUCACGGCAAUGCUUUGUCACUUGAAGUUCGGUUUGUUUAUCUGCUUUGCUGUCUGCGUGAUUGUCAUGAGCAUCGUCAUAUACAAACUGCUGCCUGAGACUAAAGGUGUCCCAAUUGAAGAAAUGACCACUGUGUGGCGCAAUCAUCCUCACUGGAGCAAGUAUUUUUAUGAAGAUGAUGCUAAGUUUGAAACGAACAAGUCCAUAGUUAUUGGGAUUUUAUUGAGUUUAUUUCUUGUUUUUAUUCUGAGACUUGCUUAG